AUGUUCUUCCUGACACCAGCGCUCGAAGAGCUGGACCACACCACUCCAGCCCACCUCUUGGCAGAAGCAUAUACCCUUUGGGCGCGCGAGCUGAAGUACCUCCGCGACAUGCCCAGUCUGCAGAGCCAGCGCUUCGCCAACACCCUCGUCUGCGAUCUCACCGCGAUUCGCGCAACAGCCCACGCAGCAGAGGCUGCUGAGAGUACUUUCGUCGAAGCGUUGUCAACCUGGAUGGAGCGCUACGUCGUCAACUGCCUACAGCACAUCGAUGUCACGACUAGUUUGGAGGUUGCAGAUGGGGUACUUGAGGACUGUAUUCCUGUUUAUGACUGGUAG